UUCUCCAAUAAAAUCUUUAACAAAAGAAAAAAAAAAGCAGCAAAUUCCUAUUGAAAAGUGUAAUGUUCCUCAGGGGAAAAUUUGAAUGUCUGAUUAAUGUUCAGGGACUUUGUGUUUCAAAGGUCCCUCUUCCUUACAGACAAGCUAGCUGAAAAGAGAACCCUGUGCCCUGAUACCCUUGGGAGAUACCACACAGCUGGCACAGUGGCACCCACUGUCCUGUUUGCUAAGCUGGCCUCUGACAGCCACCUAGGGCAUUCCCAUACAUCUGGGGUUCUCUUUUCUCCAAUUUAACUUUCACCGUCUUGUUUUCAGGCCUUCAUUUUUAGCAAGGUUACAGUAAUAUGUAACUAGCCUUCUCUUCCGGAUGCGUCCUUCAAACCCCUCUAUAUUUGGUGCCAAAUGAAGGUGUGUGUGGAGGUAUGUGAGUACACACGUACGUAUACCCAUGUAUUUCCUAUACAUACAUAUGUGUACACAUAUAUACACACAUGCACAUAGGAAUAUGUGAAAAUAUGCAUGUACACAUAAACAAACAUAUACUUAAACUAGAAGACUCACACAUAAACAUUAAGUAAUUAUGUCCAGCGGGUAGGAUUAGGGGUCCUUGAUUAAGUUUUUCUUUAUGCCUUUUAACAAUUUGUAAGUUACGUUCACUGACUGCUCAUUAACCUAUAAUUUAAAAGUUUUCUUAAUGAUGUAGAGGAUAUUUAAUGAAAUGAGAAAAUGUUAAGAUAGUUAAUUUUUAAAGCGUUUACAAAACAGCGUAUGUACUAUGAGCCCCGUGCGGUGUUCUGCCAACUAGAUAGCUUUGGGGUCCAUUAUCUGCAGUCAACUUUCUUCUGGAAAAGCCUGCAAGUGGGGGCUCCUGGAUCAGGCUGCCACGUCGGCCGGGAGUCACAUACACUGGUGGGCCCAGGACCCCGCGCAUCAGGGUGGAAAGCGGUGGGAUCCUGUUCACUCUUACACAGCCUGGUAGCUAGUCACUCACACAUUGUACCCGAGUGGGAAACAAGUGACACUUGCAAAUGGGCAACAAAGACUUUAGUUAGGAAACAGGAACCAUGUUGUACAAAACCUGUACACAUUUUGUGUCAUCUCUGACCUCAAAUCUGAAAAUCUCUUGGAAGAAACAAAUGGGUUAACAAACCAUUGCAAUGGACAGAGUAACUGUAAAGGGGAGGGGUUACAAUAAUGACAUCAGAACACAGGUGAAGACACGCCAGCCAGGCCAGGGGACGGAGGUGGGUAAGGCUGGCUUGCUGGAAAGGUGGCAGUGAGCCAGUCCUUACAGGCCGAGUGGGCGCUGGGAAGGAAACGUGCGGGUUGGGGGUGGAGGACAGACAGCGGGCAAAGAUGUGUGCGAUGCCAGCACCCCACAGGGGAGGCAGUAGGGGCUCCACGGGAGAGGUGAGGGAUUUGGGACUGUAUGCCGAUGGCGAUAGGGGAUCCCUGAGUGACAACAGGCAAGGGCAGGAUGUGACGAGAUUCACAUUCUAUAAAGAUAAUUCUUUGGACAAAAUGGAUUCUGGGGGACAAAGUGGGGAAAACCAGUUAGUAAUCUAGGUGAGAAACAAUGACAAUCGGGAAUACGAAGGAAGAAGGUACACAUAAGUGACCUUAAGGGGUAAAAAUGGAGUUGAUUUGUUGAUAAAUGGAAAGCCAAGGAUAAGGGAGAGGAGAGACCUUAGAAGGACCCUUAGGACAGCAGCAUCACUCGCUGACACACGAAAUCCAAGAGGAGAGAAGCAGGCAGGAUGGAAAGUCCCGCUCCUCUGCAGCUUGUGGGGAACCUGCUAAGGAAUAGGGACCUGGCAGCCGAGUGAUCUGGGCUGUACCUUAAAAUGUGAGGGGCACACGGGGGCAAGCUGAAGACGUGGGGAGGGAACAGAGGGCCCGGUCCGGGGAGAUGGUGUGGAAUUAAGACGCCUUAAGAUGUGACUUCAAAGUGCAAGGUGUCAGCUGAGGAAGAGCUGCCCGUGCUCCGAGAAACAAGAGGGGUGUCAGGAAAGAACAGCAAGAAAGAGUCAAGAAAAGAAGAGGACAAAGUUCAAAGAGAGAGGCGUCCGUGGUCUGAAAUGCGGCAAUGAUGUAAGGGCCCGGUGUGUGCAUGGGACUGUGGACCAAACGCCCAUCAGGGACCUCAGUAAGUCGUUUUGCUGGAGUGGUGAAUGUGAAAGCUGUGCUGGGAAGGUAAGACCGUGGAGACAGUGGCCCAGCUAUAACGGGAAGCGGGAAGACUGAGUAGGUUCUAGAAACAUCAACAGAACCCAGGAGAGUUCUUUUCUUAAAACAGGAGCGACUUGAACAUGUUGCUAUGAAGGACGUUGUGGGAGCAAGUGCGGCAGCUGAGAGGACGGAAAGUCAGAGCCCCAGAGAGCCUGUUCAGCGUCACAGGGGUGGCCAGUGUCAGCUUAGCGCCCUGGAUGGAACUGGAUAAAGCGUAGAGAUGAGGAGGUUAAGGAACGGGAGGCCAGAGUGACAAGGCCUUAUCCACAUGGACUUUGAGGUCACUCAGGAUGGUGAUGAGCCAGGCGCCAAGAUUUUCAGUGAUAGAUGGCAGAUGACAAAGCUAGAUGGGAACAGAUAGAUAAUGACAGAUGGGGGAGGUGGUAGAUGACAUGAUGAAGUGGCUGGAAGGCGACACCCAAGUGAAAAUGGGCUCAAAAGGAAAGCCUUUCUUAAAAUAAAUAAAUAAAAGGCGGAAACGUGGCUGGGAUGCGGGCUAUGGUAGCCGGGAGCUGAGAUCACGCGCGCCCACCUUCCUGCGUGUGAGGUGAGGGCACAGGAGGAGAGCAGCCUCCCCCGCAAACUGCAUGAGGGGGCCGACUCAGAUUCCACAGACGAGACAGAACGUGAAGGGGUCAGAAGUCCUUCACGCAAGGCCAUUCAGCGCCACACAAGGAUCCUACAGAAAGGCUGCCUGGUCAGUAAUGAACGACAGCCUGGGGGCCCCACGCCCCGUUCCUUGGUGGAUACCCCUCCAUGCAGGGCUCUAGCUCUGUCUUCUUCGAAGAAAACCAACCAGCCUUCUCAGGUACAAAAUCUACGACAUAAUGUAGCCAGUCUUACAGUUCUAAAAGGCAGCGGCUCAUGGCGAAACCAGAGUGCAGUCCGUGGGAGACUUGAGGCCCCUGGCCCUGCUCAGGGCUGGGGGUGGACCGCAGCCUGCAGGCUUGGCUGAGGCCGUCCCGUCGGUCCCACACACCCUUCGAUUUAGCCCUGACACACGACUGUUUUUCUCCAGCCUUUAAAGUCUACCAACUUGGGGAUGAAAAGCCAGAUUCAGAAACUCGGACGGAAUUAGAAAAGGCCUGAAAAUGCUGUUUCCCAUAAAGGAUAUUAAAACAUAUAUACUCCAGAAAGACUUUCCUUCUUGCCGUACAGUGAGCAAAGGAUUUCUGCGACCUCUAGAGAGCUAGUCCUUUGAGACGAGCUAGAAACAUCGCACUGCCCUGCCCGCGAUGCCGCUGGACUUGGUGAUGACACUGCUAUCUCCCUGGCUAUGUGACUCAGCGGUUUUCGGCUCUGAUGAGUGAUGCUGAGACCUUUGGAAGGUCAGUGCUCUGAAGCAGACUAACCCGACCACCCUCUCCUGGGCGUUCAGGGCUGGCUUCCGGGAGCGGCCGGCGACCAGGGGGGACCUGAGCAGCAGAAAGCACGUGUCUGGGGGCCGGGGCCUGCAUGCAGGCCGUGCCGACACCCCAGGAGCUUCUUGGGCCGGGCUGCUGGUCGGCUCUGCCCUGGAGGAGAGGGGAGGACGCAGACGGCCUUCUGUCAGCUCCGCUCUGUCCACACCGCUUGGCGGCUGGCAGAGGCUGCUCUUCCUCUGCUUGAUGAAAUAAAAAGGGGGGCAAUUCCGCCGAAAGAAUGAGCCCGAUGGAUACAAUCAAGUUUAAGAACCUGACACUGUUCCCACAGGUCCUGUUCAGGUGUGUGAGAUGCGUCCUUCCCUAGACCCUUGAACGGAACCUCGGGCACACCCACCCGGUCGUCUCAUACUUAACAAGCGGUCUCUGGUCACCUUCACCCACAAUAAGUGUCUCUUUCUAGUAAUUCAUAUGCUCAGGCUAGUCAGUAAUCAAAACUCGGCCCUUCAUGCUAAGGAAAGGUUUCUCCUCCACCAGCUCAGGCCUGCUCGGGGCUGGAGCCCGCAGUGGGGAAGCUAAGUGCUGACCAGCGGCACUCCAUCCUGUACCCCACACGCAUACUGCGUUUUGGCUUCUGAUUGCACCAGGUUUGGGGGUGAGAGCAGAACAAAGGAAGCAGAGCUAACGUCUGGUUUUCAUGUUCUUUGCACAUGGCAGACAUUUAAAGCUAAUUCUCUCUCUUUUGGGACUUUUCCAGCCACAUUUCUACCUCUUGAAAUUCUUCUCAGCGGCCUCUCACCAAAACUGAAACAGAAGGAGUCCCUGCUACGUGCCAUGCGCUUCACCAGGUACCAGGAUAUUUAACUAAACCUGUAGCAACCCCAAGACGCAAUUCAAAAGGACACCUUCGAAAAAUCGAUACAUUUUCAGUCUCAAUAUCAUAUUAACUUUAACCUGUCAGUUGAAUUUGGUCAUAAAGCCUUAUUUACGAGGUGACUGCAAUUGUAAAAAGGGAACAGGUCGCCAGGGCUCUCACUUCCCAGAUGGUAUUUGAUAUACGCUCUAAAUUAUGUUAUCUCCAGCAGAGUGCACUUUGAACUCGGAGUAGAAAAUCUAUCUUCAGACACCACGCAUGCUAAUUCUUGAAAGAAAUGUGCCCAGAAAUUGUAAUUCAAGAGAAAACAUUACUAUACGCAUCUUAUGUUUUCAUUCGGCUGAAUUUCGGGAGAAGAGUUAAGGAGUUAUAAAAAAAAAACAACCACCACUCCAGCGGCGUGGCGUCCGUGGAGUUUGGUGACUUUUGAACUUUAAACUUCCAUAUCACAGCAUGAAGCUGGUUCUGAGAUAAGAAAUAGAAUAAAUUCUCUGCUCAGGGCAGAUCCGAGUCCUGGACUGUCUCGAGGCUGACUCGACGGGGCAUCAUGGCGUUUGAUGGCACCUGGAAGGUGGACCGGAAUGAGAACUAUGACAAGUUCAUGGAGAAGAUGGGUAUUAACAUGGUAAAAAGGAAGCUUGCAGCUCAUGACAAUCUGAAGCUGAUAAUCACACAAGAAGGAAAUAAAUUCACGGUCAAAGAAUCAAGCACUUUUCGAACCGCUGAAAUUGUUUUUGAGCUUGGUGUCACUUUUACCUACAGCCUAGCAGACGGAACUGAACUCACUGGGACCUGGAGCCUAGAGGGAAAUAAACUCAUUGGAAAAUUCAACCGGGUAGACAAUGGAAACGCACUGAAUGCUGUCCGGGAAAUUGUAGGUGGUGAACUGGUCCAGACUUACGUGUAUGAAGGAGUAGAAGCCAAGAGGAUCUUCAAGAAGGAAUGAGUGCUGUCUCGGUGCCCAACCCAGAACGCAGACGGGACGGCGAGUCUGAAGCGUCCCACUGCCCUGUUCUGUCCUCGUCCCGUCUUAAGUUACUGACCAAUCAGGCCUUUAUAACACGGACCACUUACAUUUCCAGUCUUGCCAAAGCAAAAGUAAAAGCUAAUUAGGAUUUAACCUGGUUUAUAUCUCUAAGAUGUACAUUUAUUGGUGUUCUAAAAGAACCUGUCACAUUCUUCAAAACACAUGAAUAAAUGUUGUCCCUACAUUGUUUUGUAAGUAGCCUGUUCUUUAAAAACAAAAACAACAACAACAAACUAUGUGACAUGGAUGUGUGUAUAGAUACACUAUUUGUUUUUUUUUCCACAUUUGCUAAACUAAAGACAUAGAUUGCAUGGGGGUCUUUAAAAUGUUACACUGGUUUUAAGUAUUUUCCUCUGUAAAAAUCAAUUACUAUAAAAAUAAUACAUAUUCAACCAGAAAACUGAAGAAUAAAAGCAAAUGCAAAAUAAAUAUUCCCAUAAGCCCAGGAUCCAACAGUCGCCACCAUUCUGCCUUUCCUCCCAGUCCUCCUCUCUGGGUGUGGAAAUGUGUAUUUCCCACACAUACCACUUUGAGUAAUACGAUAGGAAACGAAUGACGUACAAGCGAAAGACCUGCAUUACAUCUCCCACACCUUUGGCAGUUCGAGACCUGGCUAAGAAUCAGGUCACCAAGAAACUUCCAGUGUUUUACAUUCCCUCUCUCCACUGUUAUCCUCCUCUGUCUGAACCUCAGAAAACAAAACCGGGGACUUUAGGACACCCCACAGGACCCUGAUCCAGCAGGCCCCCUGCCAGCCUUUCAGAAUGCUGGGCUGGCAGAUACCGGAAAUGUCACCUUCAACUGCCACCCCUUUUACUCAUAAACACGUGGCCAAUGUGCCAGGGCCCAAAAUGUUCUCUUUCAUUCAUACCCUCACAUGAUACACUAUUUUAUGUACUUCAAGCAAUUGCAUUUUAGGAGGGAGUGUAUUAAGGGGUGGAGAGGGAGGUCGAUUUUUUUUUAUGAAUUUAACUCUAUGAACUUUUGUUUUGACUAAUUCUUUUUCACACGGAUGAAGGUAACAGCUAACUUUUACAUAGUUCUCACUACGUUCCAGGCCCUGUGCUAAGUGCUAUGUUUACAGCAGAAACAUUACAAUGUAGAGAGAAAACAUCUGAGUACAUGAUGGAAAUGAACAGAUUAGAGAAUACGUAACCUUUCGCAAAAACACCAACUUAAAUCCACCUGUUCGUUUUAUAACUUCAUUAAAAAUUUCACACAGAAAAUAGUAAUUAUUUAGACUUUCAUAUGCUUUUUUAAAAUACAGGUUCAAAGUACUUUUACCUCUCUAAUCUUACCUGUCUAUAUAUGUAAAACAGAAAAAGGACAGGUAUUAAUCCCAUGUGAAAAUGGAGGAACUAAGGCGCAAGAAGUUUAUCAGCUUGUCCAAUGUUGUAGGGAGUCCAUGGCGAAGACAGACAUUAAAUGUAGGUCUUGACAUUCAGCCUGGUACAUUAUGAUCUGUGCUAUUACUCAGCCUGUUAUAAACAAAAAUAUCUUAAGGAAAAAAUAUCCCUUAGUUCCUUAGUGGCACCCCAGAAUAGCGCUGCAAAUGAUCCAGGUCACAACCUGAAGCAGUGGCAAUGAAGUGGUUAGACACGGAUCUAUUUCUGGCCUCAUUGCAGGCUCACUUUUUUUCACAAUUUGUAUCCUUUCUAGUAUUAAAUUCUCCACAAUUUAUUAGCACUGGAGAGAAGCCUAUCAUUUGCUAAGUGACUGCCAUGGCUAUAACCCCUCUCGAGGACACUGACCUUGAUUUUAUGCCAUUGGACUGACCAGCAGGGUGCCUGACCAGGAGCGGCCGAUCCCACACAAUCUGGCCAGUUAAUGACCUCUGUGCAGAAGGAACGACGCCACUAACUGAACCCAGAAGAACCUCUUCUUAGGGAGUUUCAAUUUGACAAAUACGCAGUCAUGGGUAGGAAGGAAAAAGUUUAAAGAGGACAAAGGCAGGCGGUGAGUGAGUCACGAGUCUAUGAAGCCACGACCAGGCAGGGGCCCCAGGUCCACAGCUGAACAGAGGGCCUGGGAGAAGCAGCGGAGUAGUAAAAGCUGACAACUUUCCCCGGAAACACAGGGUUCACUUCACAUUGCUUCCCCCCAAUCUGGCCUUGGGGUGAGUGGGGUGGAGGGUGCUGAUGGGGCAAGGCUGGUCACAAGCUGACGAUGGCUGCCGCUGUCGAAAGUGC